AUGUCAGAUUAUGAUAAAACAUUCGUUUGUCGUUUAAGGCGUGUUAGUCAAAAUGACGAGUUAGUGUUGAAUGUAUCGCCACCGUUCAGUACGGCUCUUGAUGGUGUUCAGUUUACUUGGGCGUUGAAAGUGAGUGACGAUUGUACUGCAUCGGAUUAUUAUUAUGAAGAUAGUACGAGUAAUAUCACCAUAUCACUUUAUUAUAAAGAUGGACCCACACCUGAUGUGCAUUUGGUUGAAGCCAAAAUUCAACUAGCGGAUUCAGAUGGAAAUAAUAAAUUGCCAACUCUUCACUUCUUAGCAGAUGAAUGGACGCGAGGUAGUGGUUGGUGUGUGGAUGUUGAAAAUGAGCAUCAAAAUGAUCUGAAUGAGUUUAUUCAUGAAAAUAUCGGAAAUAUGAUCCGAAUUACUGUCGAUAUCAAGAUGAAAACGAGUAUUUUCUCACCGAUGCUGUACUUACCGAAUGUCGAUGGUGCGAACAAGAAGCUGGAAGAUGCUUGUGUGCAAUUUCUUGAGGACGUCAAACAGGAUCAUCAAAUCGUGCCCGAACUCGAAACCCUCCUACAUGAUCCUGAAAUGGACAUGUUCGCAGUUCAUGAGUUGAUAAUAACGCAUGGAUGUGACGAGGUAAACGCUCGUACCGAUUACAAAUGGCCACGGAAACACAUUCAAAAUGUAUUUACGCACAUCUAUUUUAUGCACUGCGUUUUGCCAGACAUCGAAUAUUUUGAGGAUAUAAUGGAAGUGAUUGGUGCAUCUCGUUCUCACAAUAUCUCACCGUUGACCAGAGAAAUUGAACGAUAUAUUUGUCGAACAAUUACAAAAUCUAACGAAGAUUUGACGUUCGUCAAGAAAAUGUUAUUGAUAGCCGAAGCGAAUGAAUUACCCGUACUGAAAAUGAUGUGCUCUGGUAUAAUCGCCGACAGUAUCGUUGACGAAUGUGGCGGUGUUGGUAUCCACGAUGAGCCAGCGACCACAGCACAAAUCAAUGCAAUCUCGCAAGAAAUGCGAGAAAUCGCACAGCAAAUAUCGUAG